CCCAUCCCCACAACCGCCCCGAAAAAAAAAGUUAUCCAAUGCCCCUCCCGAUUGCCGUCAUCGCCUUCCACCCGGUCCUCCCAAAAUGGCGAAUCCUGUCAACCCAGCGCUGAACCCUGUAUCGUCUACGCCCGCUGCUCCUGCUCCUGCACCUGCUCCUGCACCCAUAUCGCAGCCCCCCCCUUCGAAGAUGAUGCAACAGUCCCAACCACAGCAACAGGGGCAGAAUAGCUCCUCCGCGAAGCCCGCAAAACCCGCCAAGCAACAACAACCCGCCAAAGGCAAAAAUGCAACCUCCUCCACUGCCGCCGAUGGAGCAGCAGCAGCAGGAGGAGGAAGCGAGAGCCUCAGCCCCGCAGAACUGAAGAAGAAAGCCAAGGCCGAGAAGGCUGCUCGUCGCGCUCGUGAGCGAGCUGAGCGAGACCAGCCGGGGGGUCCUGGUGCGGGGCAAGGACAAGGACAAGGACAAGGACCCAACACUGCUGCCGCGAAGAAAGGCCAGGAUGGUGGCGCUGGAGGGGUUGGUGGUGGUGGUGGUGGAGCGGCUGCGGCUGCGUCCAAGGGACAAAAGUCUGCGCCGAGGAGAGGCUCUGCGCAGGGUGGAGCGGUCGAGCAGAAACGGAAGCAGGAGGAUAAGAACGUUGCUGUCUUUGGGCAUUUGUAUGGACAGCAGAGACGAACUACGAUUGCUGGGGCGGCGAAGGAGGUGCAUCCGGCUGUGUUGGCGUUGGGGUUGCAGAUGAGGGAUUAUGUGGUUUGUGGAAGUAGCGCGAGAUGUGUUGCGACGCUGUUGGCUUUCAAGAGAGUUAUUGAGGCGUAUACGACACCACUGGGCACCUCGUUGGCUCGUCACUUGACUACACACCUGUCCCAUCAGAUCACCUAUCUAUCUACAUGCCGUCCUCUCUCGAUCAGCCAGGGAAAUGCUAUCCGUGCGCUGAAGCUGGCUAUUUCGUCUAUUGAUCCUUCAGUUCCCGAGGCGGAUGCGAAGGCGGAACUAUGCGAGUUUAUCGAUAGCUUCAUCCGCGAGAAGAUCACCGUGGCCGAUCAGGUCAUUGCCGGCAGUGCGGCGCAGAAAAUUCAGGAUGGAGAUGUUAUUGCCACAUUUGCUGGUAGCUCGAUUGUCAAACAGACCCUUCUUCUUGCCUUCAAGCAGGGCAAGAAAUUCCGCGUAUCCAUUAUCGACUCUCGACCGCUCUUUGAGGGAAAGAAUCUGGCCAGGACACUGGCCAAUGCCGGUCUGGACGUGCAGUAUUCGCUGAUCAACGGUGUCAGCCAUGCUAUGAAAGAUGCCACCAAAGUCUUCCUCGGGGCCCACGCCAUGACCAGUAAUGGACGGCUGUACUCCCGCGUCGGCACCGCGCUGGUCGCCAUGUCGGCCAAGGAGCGUGCUGGCGGUGUUGAGAUUCCCGUCAUUGUGUGCUGUGAAACCGUCAAGUUCACGGACCGUGUUGCUCUCGACAGCAUUGUCGUCAACGAAAUCGCCGACGCUGACGAGUUGGUCGUGACGGAACCACCUCACCAGUUGACAGGGUUACCUGACCCUGCAGCUCUUGUCCAACCGGAGCCCAAAAAGGGAGGAGGGGGCAAGGCCGCGCCUAAGCCCAACCCCUCAGAGCAAACCACUACACCCAAGACAAAUGCGUCCCCGCUAAAGGACUGGCGGGACACCCCGAACCUACAGCUUCUGAACAUCAUGUAUGAUGUGACUCCCGCUGAGUACGUUGACAUGGUAGUCACUGAGAUGGGCAGUUUGCCGCCCAGUGCAGUCCCGAUCGUGCAUCGGAUGAGCACGAACAUGUAGAUGUGUAUCUUUCUCUCUUUUUUUUUUUUUUUUUUCUUUUGAAAAGGGGGGAGGGGGUUGUUGACCAUUUUUACCCUUUGCUAUCUUUUCUUUUACGUGGUUAUUUUUUCCCUACAUCAAUUCCCUAUUUCUCUUGAUGUUCACCUGGAUGAUUUUUCACUCCUGUUUCAGGCUUUGUCAGUCACGCCGGUAUUAUUCUGGAAAGCGCUGGAACGGCAAAGAGGGU